AGACGCGGAGUGGGACACACGCGCGCCGGUCCGCCCGCGACCCUCGCACGCCCUCCAAGUGAUGUACUUAAACCCUACGGUGAGCACGGCGACACAGUAAAGAACCAUCUACUGUGCUACAGUGCACGCUGCAGCUGAGUGACAUUCAGGACUACAGUGACUAUAUAUGUGUGAGAUGUGUAUUGUGACUGGUGUAUUGGAACAAGCACCUCUAUAAUUCGUCUUGAGCCAUACUUGUGACCAUCUGAGGAGCAUCACUGUUGCCAGCUGUGCUGCAUCUACACCAUCACCUUAAGUCAUCUCCAACUUCUUACAUGGCCAACUUUACCUCAUGAUAGCUAUAAUCUUUGACUAAUCUGCCCGCUUGACAUCUUAACCUCAUGACAGCUCCAAGCAUUUGAUGCAAUCAGUGUUUGACAGUCGACUUCAUGACAGCUUUGACCCCUGCCAGUCUUAAUGACACGACAAGCGCCGCUCUUUGACAGACAGUUCCCUUGAUACUUAAGUCACUUGUCAGUUGAGCCUUUCCACAUUUGACCCCUUAUAAAGUGGGACAUUUGACAGUUUGAAACGUGACAGCUUGAUAAAUGACAGAGGGAUAUUUGACACACUUUGGCCCUCUGAGAGUUCAAUAUUUGACAGUUGGUGUUCGCGAGAGUUGAGUGUGCAACAGUGAGGUCAUAUAAAGUUAGAUUCUUGGAAGGUGUGUUGGUAAACGCCUGGGUAUUGACAAGUGGAUCCUUGAGAGUGUUUGCCAGUGGCAGUCCGCUGGGAGAACUGACCAUGCCCCCCUGGGGUGUGGGAGGCGUGGCCGCGCGCCCCCCUCACCCCGGGAGCGAUCACCCCACCGUCACCCCACACGCCCACACCACGUCCACCCACUAGUAUGGGUGGCGGCAGUGGGCGGGCGGGCGCUAAUCUCCUGCUGCUGCUACUCCUGGCCACCCACGUGUGUUCCUCGCCGGUGCCAGAGGCCGCCCGCCACGCCCGCCAUGCCAACCUCACCCACCACACCGACCCCACACGCCCACGAAGCAUGGCACCCGCCCACCACACCCUUGGCACGCCCGCGCCACAUACUCACGAGCCCGGCAAGGCAGCGACUAGCGUGGGACGUGGGCGUGGGUGGAGGAGGCGUGGGCGUGGAAAAAUAGAGUACACCCUGGAGGUGCUACCCUCGCCGGCCUCCAGGGAGGAGGCGGAGAGCGGGCGGCUGGCCUCCCAGGUGACGGUGGAGGCCCAGCUGCUCCCCUGGCUAUUGGAUGGAGAUAUUGGAGGCCGCCCACGCUGCGUGGAGGCCAGCUUGGCCUCCAAGGCCGCCCAUCAAGCCCUGCAGCAUCAACCUCCCCCUGCAGGAGUCUCCGUGGUCAUCCUUCCUCCACCCCCAGGUGAGUUACUGCCCUUGUUGACUCCGCCCACCCAUAUUAGGCCCAAUAUACCCCAUCAUCCGGCUAUAUUAGACACACUAUGA